AUGUCCGCCGACUUCUGGGCCGGAUACGUCUCCGGCGCCAUAGGCAUCGUCAUCGGCAACCCGCUUGACAUUCUCAAGGUCCGCCUCCAAGCCGGCGGCUCUUCCUCGUCGUCUUCCUCCUCUUCUUCCCUACCCACCCCAAUCCCAAACUCAACCCCGUCACCAGCAGCAGCAGCAGCAGCAGCAGCAGCACCACCCACCUCAGGCACACCAGCAACAACCUCGUGGAUCCGGCCCUUCCUCAGGGGCACUGCUGCCCCGGUCCUCGGCUACGGCGCCCUCAACGCGCUCUUAUUCGUCUCCUACAACAGAACCGAAUCAGCCAUCAACCACUUUGUUUUCGGAAUCGAUCCCUCUCUGCCUUUACAAACGGGGGUCAACCUCUGGAGUACCUGGAUCGCGGGCGCCGUAGGCGGGUUGGCUACGUGGGUGGUGAGCACGCCUACCGAGUUGAUCAAGUGUCGGGUUCAACUUGCAGAGGAGCAGCAGCAGGGGCAAGGAUCGAGGGGGACCCAAGGUAGUAGUAGUAGUAGUAGUAGGGGGGGAAUAGGAAUAGUAGGAACCGAGAAAGGGUCAUCAUCAUGGCAAGUAACCAAACACGUCCUCCGCACCCAAGGAAUCAAAGGCCUUUACUUUGGCGGGGCGGUGACGGCGCUGAGGGAUAGUAUCGGGUACGGUUUCUAUUUUUGGAGUUAUGAGUUGACUUCGAGAUGGAUGGUGGCUGCUGCUGCUGCUGCUUCUUCUUCUUCUUCUUCUUCUUCUUCUUCUUCUUCUUCUUCUUCUUCUUCUUCUUCUUCUUCCUCGGGGGAAUCUUCCUCCUCCUCCUCUUUCUCUUCUUCUCAGGCCGGAGGUAUCUUGACCUCCGAAGCAGCCCGCGUCCUUCUCUGCGGUGGACUGGCGGGAAUCAUCACCUGGGCGAGCAUUUUCCCCCUGGACGUGAUCAAGACACGGGUUCAGACUCAGGGGAUCCUUCCACUUCCAGCUUCGGGUUCGGGUGUUAUCGAAACCCAAGGGGAGCAAACUGCACUCUUGGACAGGACGGCGAGCCGGCGGAAGCAAAGGCCAUUGGGAGCUUGGGAAGUCGCCAAGUUGACCUACAGAGAGGGCGGGGUCAAGCCGUUCUUUAGGGGGUUGGCGGUCUGUAGUGUCAGGGCUUUCAUCGUCAAUGCUGUGCAGUGGGCAAUGUAUGAGUGGAUCAUGACGGAACUUGGGCAGGGCAGGAGGGCGAAGGCAUCGGGCACCGGUGGUGUCGAAGCGGGAACUUUGGGAAGCGGCGAGCUUGCUGGGAUGGGUGCUGCUUGAGAUGCAGUGGACUGCAAUCUUUGCUAGCAACGACGUACAAUACACGCUGCCUUCAUUUAGCUGAGAG